AUGCGUGGCAUCUGCGCGCAAUCCGUUGUGCCGAAGGGCUCCAACGGUCAUGGGGCUCACGACAGCCCGGUCCGGCAUUCUUUGGACUUCGUCGCCUCGCUUGCAGCCGCUUCGUCGUUCUCCCAAUGCUUCCCGCGCAACAUAGUCAAGAAGCUGCUGCUCCAGGGUUGCGCCCAGGCUGUGCAGUAUGUUCGGGAGCUGGCGAAAGACGAGCACCGGCUUCAGUCAUACCGAUGCGAGGUGGACCUGCAGAGGCUGCACAAUGGCACCGGUGGCGUGGCGUUCCCCCUUGGCGAUGGAGGCGGUAUCCCUCGGUUGGACCGGGAACGCAACAGAUCAACUACGCCAGCGAGGAUCGACUCACCUGCCACGACGAUCGACUUCGACACAGUCCCGCGUUGUCAGGGCUCAACCGCAACGAUGCAACUGAGAGAGGAGGUUAGAACCCUAUGGAGGCGGAAUACAGAGCUCGCGGAGCGGUAUCGUGAGGUCGAGGAUAUGUGUCACGAUUUGAAGGAUCAACAAGAGCAGAUCGAGGAGACCGCGGAGCAACUGGUCAUUCACACCGGCGAAUUGGACGAGGAGUGUGAGAAGCUCGGAAUCAACUGCCGGAUAUUUGGGGCGAAGUACAGAGAGACAGUCUCCAUACAGACUCAGCUCCAUUCAUCGCGGUCUUCAAAGAUUGUAAGCCAGCCGAUGUCAUCUCGCAGGUCCAAAGCAUCCGCCACGAGAGACCGGAACUCGGGCAAGAGCUCGAGCAAGACCGAAGCCUCGGGCAGAACGACUAAGCAUCGCGGUAAAGACUCGAAGGACCACGACAAAACGAGAAAGCGUCGGGAUGGAGACUCGAAGGACGACGGCACCACAUAUAUCGCCAGCCUUCACUGCGCUAUAUACACGCCGCAUUUCGGCAACUAUUACCAUUGGGCCUUUGCUACUCACGACCAAAGCACGCACCAGUGGAACGUCUUUGAGGUUGUUCAGGAUGAACAAGAUGGUCCUUUCAGGGCCCAGCGCCUCCAGACGAACCCGGCGAACUCUCGAAGAUGCCUUACACCCAUCUUGAACCUCGGUUCCAUACAUUCAGGAUGGCUGGAGAUACUCAUCUCGCAUAUUGACGGGAUCCCAGUACCUGGAGAAGCCUUAUCCUGGAAUUGCCAAGACUAUGUAAUUGAUAUCUGGGAUACUGCGGUGACGUGCGGAGCGAUUGACGAAAGUACCUGGGUUGCGGGCAAAGAGGAAAUGCUACAGUACUACGGUCAAGACUUUGGUGAGGGUGGUGAGGAUAGUGAUGAUGAGGAAUUUGAAGACGACGAGGGACAAGAGCAUCAGGGAGAGCCCUUGUCGGAGGAAUUCAUUCUCGAUUCGAGUUUCGAGGAGUAG